AUGUUUCCUGGUGCUCAUCAACCCUCAGUGUUCUUUGCUCAGGAAGAGAGGGGAAGGGUAGCCUUUGUGUUCCCCAUCGAGUCACAUGAUUCCUUUGCUGCACUGGAGGUGGAGCCCAUCAAGGCCUGGCACACAGAUUAUGAUAGAUUCUAUGCUAACCUCACCCGAUAUAGUCUCUAGGCAUAUAACAACCUGGAGCAAGAAAAUGAGGUCCUCCUCUUUAAAGAAAAGAUUGAAGUGGGCUGGGAGUCUGCCCCAGGGAUUGCAGAGCUCUGGGAGGAUGGGAAUCCCACAGUGAGGAGGAGUCUGGAGAAGGAAGGGAUUCUCUAUGGGGACAAAGGGAAGCAUUUGCAGGGGCAGAAGCAGGAUUCCUUUGGCGGUAACUUUGAUAAUCAGUCUUUGGUGGGAGAUGUUGGAGAUGUGAACUUGUGGGACUGUGCUGUCACCAGUGGAGAUUAACAGUGUCUAUCAUAGUGAGACUUUCAGUCCUAAUGUCCUGACCUUGGAGGGCACCAAUGGCUGAGGUGCAUGGCGAAGUGUUCACCAAGCCCCGGGUGUGGCUCCAAGGUUCUUUCAGAUCCUCUCAAUGUUCAUGUCCUGAAGGGCAAACCUCGGAGAUUAAACCUCUCUCUCCCCAUGUGUCAGGCUCUUCAGUGUUUGUUUGCUGAACGUUUUGGAACCUUGCUUAAGCUGUGUUGGGACUGCUCUCCCUCCCCCCACACCCCCACGGCUUGUGGGAUCUUAAUUCCCCGACCAGGGAUUGAACCCACACCCUUAGCAGUGAAAGCACAGAGUCCUAACCGCUGGACCGCCGGGGAAUCCCCUGGCCCUCUUCAAUGCACCAUCACCUGACGGGAGUGUUUGUUAGUAGGCAGCCUAUUGAAGCAGUAAUCACUGGGGAUCAGAACUGAGGAAGAUUUUGAGCUUAGAGGUACCUUAGAGACCACAUGGAAUCAUGGUUUUCAUACAUUUCUUUUGAAAACUUGAGACCAAAUAAGACUUUAUGGUAACACCCCCCCCUCAAAAAUAAACAACAACAACAAACAAAAACUGGUAGAAGCAAUGUAUAUCUUUUUAAGCUGUUUAAAUCUUCACUAUUUUUUGGAAGGUGUUAGCUGUGGGUGAAAUCCCUAAUUUUUUCCCAGAGACCUUCUUUCCAAGUAACACAAUUUGAAAAGGGAUGCUUUAGACCAAAGCCCUUAUGGCACAGAGUUUGAGGACCUAGAGAGGAAAGGAAUGGCUGCAAAAGUAAUAGUCUAGCUCAGAGUGGAAAUGAAAUGCAGGUCUUCUGAUUCCCUACAUAGUAGAUGUAUUCUGACGUUGGUCUCAGCCCCUUUCUUCCCAUAACUAAGCCUCCACUCCACCCCCAAGGGUGGGUUUUGGCAACUGUGUUUCCACUACGCGCUCUUAAAUCACUGACUACAUUUGAUUUGGACCAAUGGUGAUCUCCUGACCCAAACUGGACUAGGUGGAUUAUUUCUCUAUUCAUACUUUUGAAUUAAGAGUGAGAGAUUCUCCUUCAGUUUGAGCAGAGUUGAAAGGUGGAGAGAGAGAAUUUCCUGGAUUCCUGGUUCUUAUUCCUGAUAAAAGUGCUUUCAGUAAAUCCUUUCAGAUUCAUGCUACCUGCUACUGGAAAAGUCUUUACUGAAGACCCCUACACAGUUUCUUCAUAAUUUUCUAUCAUCAAGAGACUUAAAUUAGCAGGUUUCAGGUGAACAGCUGUUUGUUGCUGAUUUCCAGGAGCCCAAACUUUUUUUUUUUUUUCCCUGUAUAGACUUUCUACAUUGUCAGAAUUUGGUUUAAGUAUUUGGCCCAAUCUUAAAAAUAGAAAAUCCCAUAUAAAUGAUCUCAUAUGAUAUUCAAUCUCUCUGUGAAUAUUUCUCAAUGUUGACAUUUAUGCUGUAAUACAAUAUAUCAUGGAGAAAAUUUGUUCUUUAGAAUUAUAUCCUAAAAAGUAAUAGGGAUUAUGGGGGGAAAUAUGGUUUAGGGCAUAACAUCAAAAACUUAUGCAAUGAUGUAAUUGGCUCAAUGUCCAAAACAGUGACUAUUUCAAUAAAACUAUUAUCAUUCAUAUAUCAAGUUACAAUAACCAAAUAGUGGACUUUACCUUAAAAAAACCCAGAUAAAUCUAACUUGAUAGAGAGGUGUAUAAGUAAAGGUUGAGUAGUGGAGAUAAAGGCAAAAUGCAUCAAGAUGAGAGACAGCACAGAAGGUACUUCUAAGACAGAGCACAUGCCCAGGUGGACCCAGGAAGAAUAUUUGGUUCCGCAUUCCUCCAGUUUGCUGUAUUCCCUUGUGUUGGUGUACUUUGUGAUAGCUGCUGUUACUUGGUGGUGGAAAAUAGUAACUGGCUGAGAAAAAACAACGAUGCAACAUCUAUAUUACACUGAUAUCAUUCCCUCACUUACCAGUCACACCUGAAUUAGUUCUUGUCCCAAAGCAAGAUCUGUAGCUGAACAGAGUGUACUAAAGACCAGUGGUGGUGGUGCUGGAAUUUCUGUAUUCAAGGGGCUUAGGAGUGGCAGUCUGGUUGAAAAGGGGUACUAGGUGGUACUAUAUUGAAACUACAUUUGAAUAGCAAGUAUAUUUUAUUAUUUAUUUUUUACCUAAGUCACAUCAUCCCCUCCAAAGUUGGCUCUGGCUUUGUUAAUUACAUAAGAAAGUGAUGUGGCAGAAAGUAUGCUGUUCAGAGAUGGCCUGGAGCAUCGAAAGCUCAUGAAGUGAUUUUUUAAAAAUUUAUUUAGUUUUGGCUGUGUUGAGUCUUUGCUGCUGCACGCGGGCUUUCUCUAGUUGUGGCGA